AUGGCGAUCAAUUUGGUCCAGGGUUUCCGAACCAAAUACCUACCGACACACAAAGCAACUAUUGGCUUAAUCUACCCUGAUGCCAAGUACUUAGUUAUCAGGAUCCCAGACUCCCGAGUUUUGUUGUUUCUGGCUCGAUCUGUCAUCUUGGCUUUAGUUAUCAUCUCCCUUCCGUGGUUGAACUCACUUGCUCCCACAACAGACACCGCUAAUGGAAUCAUGGGCUCCUCCGCAAACCCUGAUCAAGAGCUCGUGCCAGUCAUCUUCCGUGACUUGGCCAACGAAGGCCUCAUCAAAACUGGCCAUGGCGUGAAGGCAGUAUUUGUAAGCAGCGGAAAUAAUGAAGGAGACAUUGAAAGCUCAGAGAUCCUCAAAGACAAUAAAAUGGAUCUCAUUUCCGUAAACGAAGAGAACCAACAAGGCUCUGUCAACGACCAAUCUAUUGAUUUCGCAUUCGUCUCCGUCUUCCGUUCCGCCAUGAAGUUCAUCGAGAGGACUCUCAAGGUCGGCGGCGUUGUUGCACUCCAGCUCAGCGAGGAAUCCUCCACGGGGUUUCGCAUGCCUUCUAACUACAAGUUGGUCUACCUCAUAAAGUUCGACGCCACCGUCGUGGCCAUGAGGAAGAUGAGUUCAUCGAUUUCAACUGCUACUACUUCUCCCACACGCCGACGUCUUUUAUCUGAAGAUGCAAAGAAGGAGGCAUUAAAGAAUCUCGAAGAUGUGCUUCUUGAACCACCACGAGCUUCAUCGGGCAAGUCGAGCAGAUACUUGAAGAAAACUCGCUACCUUCCCGACUUGAUGGGAGACUCGCUCGAGGGAUACUCUCGUAGGAUCUUUAUCGACGUUGGAUUGCCUGAAAAGGAAGGCGGUAGCGGAACGAGCUGGUUCGCCAAAAACUACCCUACUCGCAACAAGAAUUUCGAGAUGUACAAGAUCGAGACAACCCUAACAGACGAGUCCGCAGGCAAGGGGGUUCUUCAGACCAGUAUGUCGGAGUGGCUGGACAAGAACGUGAAGGAGGAAGAAUAUGUUGUCAUGAAGGCCGAGGCCGAAGUGGUGGAGGAAAUGAUGCAAAGUAAGGUGAUAAACUUGGUCGAUGAGCUUUUCUUGGAAUGCAAGCCACAAGGGCAUAAUGGGAGAGGUAAUGUGAGCACUCGUAGGGCUUACUGGCAGUGCUUGGCUUUGUACGGACAGCUUAGGGAUGAAGGUGUUGCAGUGCACCAAUGGUGGGGUUAA